AUGUCGUCCGAGCAAUCAAACGCCGCAAACAAUGGUGCGAAAACAACCGCCAUAGGCAAUAAGGCGAAAUCCACCGCGCCGAAGGUGGUGCUGACCGAAGACCAGCAGGCCAUAUUUAAUCGCAUCGCGAAGAAUGAAAAUAGCGAACUGCGAUUGUUACUGUCGCAGUACAAAACCAGCGUAGAUUUUGUGGACGAGAAUGGUAUGACGCCGUUGCAGCAUGCCGCGUACAAGGGCAACAAGGAAGCGGUUCAGCUGCUGCUGGACCAGGGAGCGGAUGUGAACUCGAGCAAGCACGAGUAUAACUACACGGCGUUACAUUUCGGUGCCCUGUCCGGCAAUGCGGAGGUAUGCUUGAAACUACUGUUGGCUGGAGCCGAUCCGAAAGCGAUAAAUUCCGUCGGUCGAACACCGGCCCAGAUGGGCGCGUUUGUUGCGAACCACGAAGCGGUCGGAACGAUAAACAAUUUCGUACCGCUGAAAGAUGUCGAGUGCUAUACGGUUGAUCGGGGCCAAAAAGAAACGUUGCUGCCGGUGGUAGUGCUGGAGCCGUUCCAUAGUUUCAUAAUGCAGGUUAACAUUCACCCGGUCCGAAUACUGUUGAACCUGCAGAAGUACGGUCUGUUUGCCUCGGACAUGAAGAACCUGCGCGCGGUGCUGGUAGACAUGAUGGAGCGUGAGAUGAAACGGCGCGGCGAGGUAAACGAGGUCAUGGCCUUUAAGUAUCAUUAUCUCGGGUACGUUAUGGGAGAAAUUGUGAAGCAUCGUGACUACAUAAACUCGCGGCGCGAUGCGCAACAAGAUCCAAAGACCGAUUUCGUGGAGCUGUUUGCGAAGCGAGUUCUCAAACCGAACAAGGACGGUGCGCUAGAAUACGUGGAAGCCCUCGUGCGCGAAUGUGUGCGAGAAUUUCCAUUCCGUGAGUGUACCAUCUUUCGGCAGAUGGUAGCACAGCUUACCAGCAAGGAUAAUGUUGCACCGGCGCUCGAUAUUGCCCGAGCGGCCAUAAACGGACAGCGCGGGUUCCAGGACACGAUCACCUUCUGCAGCUCCUGUGGAGAGGAAAAACCGGACAAAAAGUGUUCCAAGUGCAAGGAGGUGCAGUACUGUGAUCGGCAGUGCCAACGGUUACACUGGUUUACCCACAAGAAGGUAUGCAGUAGACCGUCGGUAGCAGCGGGCGAGGCACAGAAUUCCGCUCCGAAGGAUAUCGAUUCGACGGAAAUUAGUGAGCAGCUUCAGAAGCUUGUUGCUGGUUGA